AUGCGCGAGAAUUUCACGGCGAGAAGGUUACCAUCUAAAAUAAGGCAUCAGUAUUCAAAGUCGACUCGUUCGAAAAUGGCGGCACGAAAGCGAAGUAUAGUCUGGUCAUUUUUCCAAGCGGAGGAUGAAAGAAGAGUGUUGUGUCUUCUCUGUAUGAAGACGGUUUUGUAUUUUGGUCACACAACUAACAUGCUUCGCCAUUUACGAACGAAACACCCGUCAGAUUUUUCCUCGUUGGACAAAAGGAAGCCCGCGACAGAUGCGGUGUCCAAACGCAACGACACUGGUUGCGUGGAAGUUACAGUGUUAAUGGACGAGCAGCAGGUAGAGGUGGAGUCUGUGGGAGAAGAUGGUGAAAUGGACGGUGCCAUCAAAGGGAUCCUUCGUGCUGCUGCAGGAGAGGGGGCAGCGGAAGCAGAGGUGGCUGAUGAGGAAGCCGAGGGGCCUGUUGAUGAAGGGGAGGGGAAAGAAAUACAAGAGGACGAGGCCCCAGGUAAUACUCGCAAGUGGAGCUCCGUGUGGGUGCACUAUCGAAAGCUUGGCCAGGAGCCACGAGCCCUGUGCUUGCUUUGCAUGGAGAAGAUCCAGCACCGGAGUAGCACAAGUAACCUUAUUAGACAUUUACAGCAUAAGCAUCCCAAUGAGUUUGCACAACUUGAGGAUCACCCACAAAAGCGGCCUAGCAAGCGUAAAUCAGAAGAUCCGAGCCGACUUGCUUCCUCUCCCACAUUAGCGGGCGGGACUCCGACCAGAUCACACAUUGUGACACCUAAGCGUGAUGUCCGUUUACCCUGCAGUACCAGCCUAGACAGAUACUCAGGAGCUAAGUGGUCUGAGGGUGUGCGGAUAUUGGAAAGAGAGCGGGAACUGACAGAGGCGUUGAGGCGUGUCCAACAGGAAGAGGGGCGGAGCAUACAGCUGCAGAAAGAGUUACUGCAGCAGUUCCGUGAAAUGGAUACUGAGCGCCGAGUGCUUCAAAAUCAGAAAUGUGAACAAGAGCAGGAACAUGCAAGGUUGCGGAAGGAAAGAGAAGACCUCCAGAAGGAGAAGGAUGAACUCCAGGGGGAAAAAGAGGAGAUGCAGAAAGAGAGAGAGGAGUUUCUGAAAGAGAAAGAGGAGCUAGAGAAACAGAAACAAGAACUGGACUCCUGGAAAAAUGCUCAUGCACAGGGACAAGCCUCUGGAUUUUACAAUUGUUGAUAUACUUUAGUAUGUCUGUUUCACAAGGAAACCAUGAUUUCCUUUUUAUGGAAAUAGUUAUUUCGUUACCCUUUUUAUUUUUUACAAGAUUGCUUUGGAUUUGGGGAAUGGGGUUGUGGGGAGUGGGGGAAAUGCCAGGGAUGUUGUAUUUUCUUUAGCUAAAUGAAAGUUUAACCUUAACCUUCCAGGAUUUCAAACACGUACGUACAUGCAUGCAAAAUAUAGAUUUCCUACCAUUAAAUAGAGAUUAAUAAUGAGAAGGCCUUUCAUGUCAGAAAACUAGAAAAACAGUUUUCAUUAGAUCUACUCCCAUGCUGUAUAUAUUCAUGUAUAUAUGAGUGUUAACACAAAAAAAGUUCAUGUUCGCUCUCAAAUCGACCAGUGUGUGAAUGUAUUCAAAUGUGUUUUUGUACAUUUAUGCACUGGGAAUAAAAAAAGCUAUUGGCAAAUUUUCUUCUUCA